GAAAAUCUGCUAAUUAACAUUUCAGUGAAUCUGGAGGAGAACCUUGUCUGGACGCUAAAGCAGCCCUAGCAAAGGAGAGUCAGGCUACUUUGUAGAAAUAAUCUUUCUACCAGUCUGAAAUCCUGGGAUUUGUUUCCAUCAGGAACAUUUCAACCCAAACAGGAAUUCCCAACAAGACCCAGAGAAAACCAUGCCAGGAGGACAGAAGUCUCUGCUUUGGUCUCUGAUCUGCAUUACCUGGCUCCUGAUUCUCCCAGCUGAGGGGCAAGAGGCCACCGGGCCUGAAGUGGUGACCCAGUUUGGUCGGGUCCGUGGGAAGCAGGUCGCUGUGAAAGGAACUGACAAUCUUGUGGAUGUUUUCCUGGGAGUCCCAUUUGCCAAGCCUCCCGUGGGAGCUGGGAGAUUUUCUCCCCCACAACCUGCUGAGCCUUGGGAGGGUGUAAAAGAUGCCACUGUAUUCCCCCCAAUGUGUUUGCAGGAGUUGGAAAGGACAGAUCUUAUGAAAAACACUUUAGACGGGAAGCAUCAACUCUUCCCCAUAUCUGAAGACUGUCUCUAUCUUAACAUCUACACCCCAGCCUCCAGACACAAGAAGGAUAAGCUACCUGUGAUGGUCUGGGUCCAUUCGGGGUCAUUAGUAAUUGGAGCAGCUUCCUCGUUGGAUGGAUCACCUUUAUCGGCCUAUGAAGAUAUCGUGGUGGUAAUAGUACAAUACAGACUGGGAUUCCAGGGAUUCUUGAGCACUGGGGAUGAGUUUGCACCUGGUAACUGGGGAUUCUUGGACCUAGUGGCUGCUUUACAAUGGGUCCAGGGCAACAUUGCUCACUUUGGAGGAGACCCCAACUGUGUGACCCUCUCUGGACAGUCUGCCGGAGGAGUUUGUAUCUCUGCACUUGUUCUGUCUCCUAUGACCAAAGGUCUAUUCCACAGAGCCAUCUCACAGAGUGGGACUGUCAUUAUGCCAGGCGUCAUCACAGAUCACCCUCAACCCAUUUUUCAUGAAAUUGCUCACUUCUAUGGCUGUGAAGGUUCCAGCUCAGCUGUUUUGAUCCAGUGCUUACGGGAUAAAGAGAACAUGAUAUUCAACAGGAAAUUCUCAUCUCUAUCAUUUAUCCCAGCCACUGUGGAUGGUGCUGUCUUACCAAAGUUCCCAGAAAAGCUCCUCUUAGAGAAUGAGUUCCCAAGAAUUCCCUAUUUGUUUGGAGUCACCAAUCAUGAAUUUGGGCACAUGGUACCUUCGGCAUGGAUACCCCAAAAUCUGGACAAUGGAAUAACAAAAGAAUUGGCACUCAACUUGUUGAAGGGCAAGACCGCUUUGCUGGGCAUCCCUUCUGAGCUGAUCCAUCUCGCCAUGGAGGAGUACCUGGGUAACCAGACAGACCCAGUCGCCAUUCGAGAUGCAACUCUGGAUUUAUUUGGAGACUUCAUCAUUGUUUUUCCAGCUAUAAAGUUAUCACAGAAACACAGGGAUUCUGGUGCUCCAGUGUACUUUUAUGAAUUCCACCAUCGGCCAAGUGCUUUCAGUAAGAUCAAACCUGCUUAUGUAAAAUCUGACCAUUCAGCUGAGCUCCCAUUCAUUUUUGGAGGACCAUUCAUGACAAAUGAGCACUCCAUGUUGGCUUUUCCAGACUCCACUGAGGAAGAGAAACAGCUAAGCAAAAUGUUGAUGAGAUACUGGGCCAAUUUCAUUCGGAAGGGGGACCCCAAUGGAGAAGGACUGCCCAACUGGCCUCUCUAUGACCAAUCAGAGACAUACCUAGAGCUCAACUUGACUCCAAAAGUCAGAAGGAAACUCAAAGAGGACAAAAUGGAGUUUUGGGGAAAGUUAAUUCGUGAAAAAGCCAAGCCAUAUAAUGAAGGAAAGAAAGUGCACACAGAGUUGUGAUUUUCCCAGCACUGAACUAACUUAACACAUCAAGACUAAAGCAUUUAAAGAUAUCAUUUUAAGAUCUUAGUAAACUUUGUGUGUGUAUUUACAACAACAAACAACCAAAAUAAAUAAAAAUUUAUAACCAAAAUACAAUAGUAAUAAAGAUGAUAAUGUCAAUAAAUA